CUCAGUAGCCAUACUUGCAGCACACUAGGCAGUUGUAGCAUAUUUUGGUGAGACUUGAGCCUUUAACGGUGUGGUCACCCUGACCACAGAUAUGAACCUCAGGUCCCAGUUUUUGUUUGCAGAGCCAGGUGUUUAGUUUGGAGCGGGUGCCGCCGUGCCCUGUGGCUCCUGGAUUCUUGCUCCAUAAACCUACAUGUCCCAAAUGCAAGGGCAGAGGGAGGCUACAUUAACUUCACUCUUCCUCUGCAUCUGUCCACCUGGGCUCUGAUGUCUUUUACAGAAAGCAGCCAUGGAUGGGUGGAUGGACGGAUGGAGUAAAUAAAUAACUCGACACUGGCACAGCUCCAUUGAUUCCAGAGGAACCUUUAGCAGCAGCAGCAGCCCAUAAUUCAUUUAGAGCAAAUGCGUAAAGUGCCGUCGCCUUGAGAGCACAUUGUCCUCUGUGUGAGAGAUUGAAACGGGGUAGGGUAAAAGAAAAAAAAAAAAAAGACCCAGCAGGCUGUGCUUCUUUUAAGAGACUGGGGGAGACUAUAAAACCACUUUCAUGCCCGCUGCUGUGAAGGCUCUGCUGGAUCUGAGCACAGACGCAAGGAGGUAGGCAGGGCACAUAGUGGAGAGGGGAGGACGACACACGCUCACAUUAUUCAAGGUCCAUUUUCAAAAGUCGGGAUCUCUUGUCACAGAGACAAACCAGAAGCGUGACUUCCCGGGGGCAACAUUUUCCUGUAGUUCACUCUGCAGUUAGACGUCGUUUUUUUGUGUGUGUGUUUGUGUGUGUGUGUUCUCCUCUCCACUCCACGGCGAAUAGGAUGCGCGUCUUCUCCGGCGGACCCGGUGCAGUUUGACACAUUUCCACCCCCUCCUCCCGAGCUGGGUCCGCUCGCCGGUCUGUUUCUCUACCCGGGGGGAAGUUUGGCUCAUGAAAAACUGUCCUGGCCGCACUUUUGAUGCCGCGGAAAUGGGAUCGCACCAGCGAGGAAGAGUGUCCGCGCCUUGCAGCAGGAAAAGUUUGCUCUGGACUGUGCUGAUACUCUGGCUGACCACGUUUGUUGACGGGACCUGGAAGACGGGACUUUACAAAACAUAUUCAGCCGCAGGGACGCAGCUGAGCAGAGACCACGCCGCAGCCUCUCACACCUCAGUCUACCAAAAGAGGAACUGGUGUCCUCAUACAGUCACUAAGACCGUGACCUGCCAGGUGCAGAAUGGGACAAUCCUUCAGCGGGUCUACCAGACGUGCCGCUGGCCGCAGGGAUGUGCAGGAGGCAGCUACAAGACGGUGGUCAGACCUUCCUAUAAAAUGGUGUACCGCACCGUGACGUCUUUGGAGUGGAAAUGCUGCCCGGGAUUCAGCGGCGCUGCCUGUGAAGAAGAUGCAGGGAACCAGCUUGUAGCUCAAGAGGCUCUGAGAAAACCGUCUACUCUACGCAGACCACCUGCUCGCACAGGAGAGUCGAUCUCUAGUUGUCUCAACUGUAGUCGAAUCACAGCUUUUAGUGACAGGCUGAACUCACUGGAAGCAAAGGUCCAGUUACUCACAGCACCGGCCGCCGUAUCGCAUCGCCACCUUCAGAGUAAAGGGGGAACUGCGCCAGAGUCCUCGUUACUCAUGGGGGCCGUGGCCGCUCAGGGAGCUCCUGGCGAGCAGGGACCUGCAGGCCCUCAGGGUGAAAAGGGGAGAGAUGGGCUUCCUGGCAGAGAUGGGAAGCCAGGCUCUCAAGGGCUGCCAGGUCCCAGCGGGCCUCGGGGGGAGGCUGGGACGAGGGGCCCAUCUGGAUCCCCUGGAUCGAAGGGAUCCCAAGGACCGGCAGGGCCCCGUGGUCCUCCAGGAAUCCCAGGAGACAGAGGUCCGUCAGGGCCUCCUGGACCACCGGGGCCCCCGGGCCCCCCAGGACCAGCCAGUGCCCACAUCCCAGACCCAGACCAUGAUCGUGGAAAAGACCCCUUCUUCACCAACACUUUCCAUGAUUCACGAGGGUUGCCUGUUCCAGGACCUCAGGGUCCUCCCGGGCCCAUCGGUCCCCCAGGUCCUAAGGGCGCAGCAGGACCUCCUGGGCCACCGGGACAGAAUGGGAAACCUGGAGUUCCUGGAACGCAGGGCCCUGUGGGGCCGAAGGGAGAACGUGGGGAGAGAGGUCCUUUAGGUUACCAAGGAGAGAGGGGCUUCAGAGGCGAGCCGGGAGCGACGGGUCCCAAAGGAGAGCCAGGGGAGAAGGGCUUGCCGAGCAAUCUAAAUGGGGACGGAAUACAUCAGAUCAGAGAGGCGCUGAAGAUCUUAGCCGAGAGGGUUUUAAUCCUUGAGACUAUGAUCGGUAUUCAUGAGCCUGAUCUAGGGUCUGGGGAUGGACCGUUUGGCACAACCUCCCCUAGUUUCUACAGAGAUAAGCGAGCAGGUGCACUUCCACAUCGACUUGCUUCUCCUCUGUCCUCCUCCAACACCAAGGUUCGAGGGAAGUAGCAACCCCCCCCCCCCCCCCC